CGACGACGACAACCUCAAGCUUCAUUCUCCCCGGUCAAUUUUCACGCCAAAUCCUCAAUCAAAAUGUCUACCGCCCAGGAGCUCUCCAACAUUUCCUCGGACUUGAUCUGGGAGAUCGUCCGUGACAACAACUGCUUCUCCGCCAAGAGCAAGAAGAACGGCGGUGUUCAGUUCUCCCGGGACCCCCUCAACCUGACCAACAAGAGCUCCCGAAAGCACGCCGGCUUCGUCAACGACAAGGCCGUCGGUAUCGCUGCCGGUGAGAAGGGUGCCGUUGUUGUCACCACCAAGAAGGCUCAGCCCAACAAGCCCGCUCAGAACAUCACCACCACUUCUUACAGCGGCUCCAAGAGCAACCGCAAGACCUACCAGGCUGUUGCCAACCAGGUCGCCAAGAACUCUUACCGCGCUGACCUCCGCUCCGCCGCUGUCGAGCGUGCUUCUGCCAUCAAGAAGUCCCACAAGCCCGUCAAGCCCGAGCCUGAGCAGAAGCUCCGUGGCAAACAGGCCAAGAAGGCCGCUGCCGCCGCUGAGGAGAACUAAGCUUUUACGAUGCAAACAUAGAAAUGGAUGGUUGUGAAUAAGGCUACAGGAUGAAGCUAGGGAGGUAGGCUGCUAUUUCACACCUGAUGAGAAAAGGGAUCAUCAGAAUGGGCAAAGCACAUGAACCGAGGUCUCUGGGUCAUUCACGGCUGGAGUUUUUGAGCUCAAAAUGAAUGAAUAUUCCGUCGGCGAUAUCGUUGGCAACUCAAAAGAAUUGUGUCAAAUUGUUGAUAUA